AUGUUCAUUGUUUCAAGAGCCGUUGCUGGUGCAGGAGGAGCCGGCAUCGUCUCUGGGAUCAUGACUAUUGUAGCUCAUAUUAUUCCACUAGAGAAGCGACCUGCCUAUUUUGCUCUUGGGGGUGCCACAUUUGGCAUGGCGACCAUCAGUGGCCCGCUGAUUGGGGGAGCUCUCACCGAGAAAGCUUCCUGGAGAUGGUGCUUUUACAUUAAUCUUCCCAUUGGAGCUGUAGCCGCAUUUGUUUUCAUUGCCUUCUUCCACCCUCCCAUCCGUCCGAAUGAAGCGCGACCAAUAAUGGAGAGAGUUAAGAAGCUUGAUCUUAUCGGCGCCGCCCUUUUCCUACCGUCGAUUGUCAUGCUGCUGCUGGCCCUGCAGUGGGGCGGAAACACGUAUCCUUGGCACUCGACGAGAAUAAUCGGUUUGUUUUGCGGCUUUGGAGGCUUGCUCGCUGUUUUCACUGUGUGGCAGCUAUACCUGGGCGACAAGGCCAUGAUACCUCCUGAGUUUCUGACUCGGAGAACCAUCGUCGCCACCUGCUUGACCUCCAUGUGUGUCUUCGGAUCGACAUUCGUUAUUGUGUACUAUUUACCCGAAUGGUUCCAGGUCGUCAAGGGAGCGUCACCCAUCAAAAGUGGUGUGAUGAACAUUGCUUUGUUCGUACCACAGAUCAUUGGCUCCAUUAUUGCAGGCACGAUGAUCACUAAGCUGGGCUACUGCAAUCCGUGGAUUUUGACCGGCGUGGUUUUCUCAUCAAUCGCAACUGGAUUGUACUCCACCUUCAAAGUCAAUACUGGCCACGCUGCAUGGAUAGGAUACCAGGUUCUUAACGGCCUCGGCAUUGGCUUUAGUAUGGAGACGCCUCUAUCGCUAGUCCAAACAGUGCUCAAACCUGAGGAAGCAUCAGUCGGUAUUUCUCUGGUCACCUUCUCCCAAUUCAUUGGAGGAUCGAUCUUUGUGGCUAUUGCACAAACAGUCUUCACCAAUCGUUUCGUCUCGCAACUGGCCAAGGAUGCGCCGACAAUGGAUCCGCAGGCAUUGCUACAACUAGGCACAGCUGCACUGCGGAAGUCCACUACGCCUGAAGAGCUCCCUGCGAUACUCCACGCUUUCAAUUCUGGAAUUACGUACACAUUCUACGUGGCAGUGAGCGCCUCAUCCUGCGCCUUUCUUGCUGCUUCGUUAUUGGAAUGGAAUAGUGUAAAAGCCAAGACGCCUGAGAAAAAGGCUCCAGAAUCUGUGGGAAAGGUUGCAUAG